CGGAACGUCGACGCGCCUUUCAACAUUGCGGCAUGUGCCCUAACGAACAUGUAGCCAACGCUGGGUUACGGUCGCUUUGCGCUGCGCCAAACACCACCACGACAAGCGUGAACGUGGCCAUCCACCUUUUCGCUUCUCUUGUGCGUACAUUCAUCUCUUGAUUGAUCUCGGCAUUUGUCACCUUUACGAAUUUUCCGCUCCGCCAACACCUCAAAAAGUCACAUUACAAGUCUUCCGCUCCGCCAACACCUCAAAAAGUCACAUUGCAAGUCCUGCGCUCCGAUAACAUCUCAAAAAGUCACAUUACAAGGCUUCCGCUCCGCCAACACCUCAAAAAGUCACAUUACAAGUCUUUCGCCCCGCCAACACCUCCAAAGUCGCACGCCCCGCUGCACGCUUCAAUCCAUUCGCGCUCCCUUCCGCUUUCUGUACCAAGCUUGCUCGCACUGCUAGUGCGCCACGCCGUUGUGGGAAUGCAUACGACUACAGAACGCCAGUCGUAAGGUGAUGCCGCUCAUGCAGCAUCGCAAUUGUGGGCGAGUUCGACGUCUACCGAAAGGUGACGAGGCAUGUCCCCGCCGUUCAGCACAGACCUUGCGAUGAUGCUCGCCAAGAUUGGACGAUUGCAGCUGUGAAGCGUCAUGUAGCAGAAAGGGCCGGCCGGCGGUGUACACUAGCGCAGCCGUCGCCAGCCACGGCUCGUCUCUGGGCGAUCACCUAUAUGUAUUUGGCCCCCUUUUGCGAAACUCACAACCUCGCCACGCGCUGAUACACUCACAACCUCGCCACGCGCUGAUACACUCACAUCGCAUCAGUCGCAUCCAUCUCCAUACGCUUGGCGAUCCAAACGCUAACUCGAUUCGCAGGUGCAGCUUUCAAGAUAUGCUUCACGUCUCCAUCCCAGCCCAAAGCGCAAAUCAAGAGCAUAUAUGCGCACGAGCGAGAAACAGCGUCGUGCGUUCCGACUCGCGCGGCGUCGUGCACCGCCAGCAAAGUGUCAUCGCUGGCUCAUGCCGCGCUUUGCGCUCACCCGUUCUUCUCCUCGCACCCUCGGUCCAUCUCCACGUCUCGGGCAUGUCUCAUGGAGUACCCUUCCAAUCCGUUACCAUAUCCGCGGGCAUCCGCCACCGUCUUUGCAGGGUCAUUCAUUUCACAGCGCCAUACGUCUGCAUCGAAGAGCCAGAGGCCCAGGUUGCACGAUGCGUAGCGCAUACAUGCACUCGAUCAUAAAGAGUACACCUUUCAAGCUGUUCGUCAUCUGCGUAAUCUCGACUGCGCCGCAUCCGCCCCCUUGCAGCAUUGAUCUCGGCGCCU